AUGGAGAUACCCGAGCAAACCAUUGGCCGACUUGGCAACUUAGAACGUGAAUUCGGCCAAUUCCGUAGAGACAUGGACAAGGCCGAAAAUCAUCGUCGGCGAGAAAUGGAUAGGCAGUUUGGUGAUCUCCAAAGAGACUUAGCCGAGAUGAGGAAGAACCAACAGAAAGAGAUGGACGAAGUCCGAGCAAUGUUUAGGGUUCUCUCCUCCAACCAGCAACAAGGAGCAGAAAGGGCUACUCAGGGCCCGAAUACUCGACGCGACAAGGGCAAAGGUUUGCUAGUCCCACCGAACUAUCAAACCGACACUGAGGUCGAUCCCGAUAAUAUCUCGCAUAUUGGGACGAGUACUGAGGGAGGGCGAAGAAACACUAUGGCACCCCCUCAGGAGAGGUAUCAACAAGAUACCUACGGUGAUAGAACUCCCCGUGCCCCACGUUUCACACAUUGUAGUCAGAAUAUGGCAGAAUUCACCUCAGAAGGGGAGCAAGACGAGUCCCCAGCUCGUCAGAGAAGAGGACAGCGAUUCUACCCUUGGCAUGAAGAACGACGGACCCCAUCAGUCCGCUACGAGUUCCCUAAGUUCAAUGGGGAGCACCUGCGUGAAUGGCUCUUCAUGGCAGAGCAUUAUUUCUUAUGUCACCAUGUCCCCAAAGACGAAUGGAUAGAAAUAACUACGGCUAACAUGACAGGGGAAGCCACAACACAUUAUUUAUGGUUUGACCACAACACGGAUGAACCAACGUGGGAAAAAUACAAGGCCAGUCUUCAACUGCAAUUUGGAGACUCUACUUUUAUCGACUACGAUGAGGACUUGAAGAACUUAGUCCAAACCACUACCGUGCCUGCUUAUAAGAGGCAGUUCGAACGCCUAGCAAGCAUGGUCAGAUGGCCGGAAAAGGCCCUCAUCGGCGCAUUCAAGGGAGGCCUUAGGAGUGACAUCAAGCGAGAGAUGAAAAUCCAUCGCUUUGAGAAGCUAGAAGAAUGCAUCACCAUGGCACGUCUAUAUGAGGAGAGAAUCGAGGGGAGAAGAGCCGAGAAGAAGGCUCACAAAUUCGAUAAGCAGAGGAAGAGAAACUCCUACCCCUCUGGUUCUCGCAACAAUAGAAAGGAGUUAGCUCCCUACAAGAAGGGGAACGACCCAUGGCCCUACCACAAUUCCAACCAAGGGCAGGGCAAGAAACCGCCCCUAUGCUACCUCACGCCUCAGCAAAUUGAGGAAUACAGACGAAACGGUCUGUGCUACAGGUGUGAGGGAAAAUGGAACAAAUAUCACAAGUGCCCAGCCUAUUUCAGGGUGCAAGUGUUAAGUGAUGUAGAUACAAGCUCGUGUAUAGAUAGCGACUCGUCUUCCAGUGCGUCUUAUGAGUCCAGCUCAUCCUCGUCUGAAGAGGAAGUAAUCCAGAAGCGUAAACCAAGGAGAACCGAGAAAAAGAAAGAGGUUGUUAAAGAAGAGACUCCUACUAAGGAGGAGAAGCCUACCGAGGCUGAGUCUCUUCAUUCGAUACAAGACCCAAACAAACCCAACUCGUUUCGGGUAUUUGGGAGGAUCAACGGCAAAAAGAUCCUCAUAUUGUUGGAUAACGGGGCAACUAGAAACUUCCUAACAGAGGAAGCAGCCAGAAAAUGCAAGGUCCCCUUGGUAUCCAGUCAACCCCAAACGAUAGUCGUGGGAGGGGGCCUGAGGCUGAAAUGCCUAAGCGAAGGGAAGAACAUGGAAGUGGUAAUAAAGAAAAAGCCCUUCAAAAUCGACUUCCUAGUCAUUCCCCUAGACGGCGUCAAUUUGAUUCUCGGUAUGCCCUGGUUUUUCACAUUGGGCAUCAUUUCAUGGGACGUGAGGAAAUUCAGUAUGACCUUCACGCCCGACGGAGAGACAGAGCCGAUGACUCUACAAGGGAUAACGAGCACCACUCGUCCCAAGGCUGCCUUACGAGUCAUUGAGGCAGCACAACCAGCGUGUUGGGUGAUGGCACUCGCUACAGACGUGUCAGCAAAGGAAGAGCAAGAAGAAAUUUUGCCAGAGCGAAUACAGACGGUGUUAGACCAAUAUAAGGACAUCUUUGAAAAACCUAAGGGUCUUCCUCCUCCUAGAACAUACGAUCACAGGAUCAUUAUGACACAGGGAGCCGAACCUGUAAAUGUGCGUCCCUACCGGUAUGGGUACAACCAGAAGGCUGAGAUCGAGCGUCUGGUUAAAGAAAUGCUUGAAAGUGGCAUCGUUCAACCCAGCAGUAGCCCCUUUUCUUCCCCUGUUCUACUAGUGAAGAAGAAGGAUAAUACAUGGCGCUUUUGCGUUGACUAUCGCGCUCUGAACAAAGCUACAGUGAACGACAGGCAUCCCAUACCUGUGAUCGAUGAGCUAUUGGAUGAACUAGCCGGAGCCACCAUCUUUUCCAAAAUCGACCUUAGGGCCGGCUACCAUCAAAUCAGGAUGCACCAGGAGGAUGUCCCAAAGACCGCAUUCCGCACGCAUGAUGGCCACUACGAAUUCCUAGUCAUGCCAUUCGGUCUUACUAACCCCCCUGCAACAUUCCAGAGAUGUAUGAAUGACGUCUUUCGACAUCGCAACGAGGAACUGCAUGAACAACAUCUCAGCAUAGCUCUUCAAGUGUUAAGGGAUAACCAGUUGUAUGCAAAGCGGUCCAAAUGUAGCUUUGGACAACCAUCGAUCGGUUAUCUGGGGCACAUCGUGUACCAACAAGGGGUUCGGGCAGACCCCGAAAAAUUGGACGCCAUGCAAAGAUGGCCACUGCCUAAGGAUCUGAAAGGUCUCAGAGGCUUCCUAGGCUUCACAGGAUAUUAUCGGAGGUUCAUUCAAGGUUAUGGGCUUAUUGCACAACCUCUAACGCAGAUGUUAAAGAAAGGGGCCUUUCAAUGGUCAGAUAAGGCUCGGGCGGCCUUCGAAAGCUUGAAACACGCCCUUGUGACUGCUCCAGUACUUACUCUCCCGGACUUCAACAAGACCUUUACCAAAGAAACAGACGCAUGCGAUGUUGGAGUGGGAGCCGUGCUUGGGCAAGACGGACAUCCAAUCGCUUACAUGUCUAAGGCCCUCACCAGUAGGGCAAAACCUCUCUCAACUUACGAGAAAGAACUUCUAGCGAUUGUCUUGGCCAUAGAAAAAUGGUGA